GCCACUCCUAUCACCACACACGCAGCUUUCACCACCUUCAUAAUCAUUCCCAUGGCGACCCGCCUCGCUACCCUCGUCGGAUUCCGGCAAACCACCAGCCGGAGCUCCGCCGAAGGACAAAGGGAGAGCAAGUUUUUACAAUCUCAAGGCCAAACCCUGCGUUACCGGCAAGUAGAAAAACACACCAAGUCGGAAACUCCCUGUCAAGGACAUAGAGCAUCUGCAAACACUAGUAAAAAUCCAUGGAAGGUUAAGCUUUGGAGGAGUAAGCGAGGCCACCGGAGACGAGAUCAUCGUCAUUUGGCGGGAUCCUGGUACUUGGCGCCUUCACUAAGUAGCAUCGCGAGGAAAGCAAGAGCAUUUUGUGACAGGUUCUGCUGUGACGCCAGUGAGAACCCAAUUACUAGUGCAAAGGAAGUAGUGUUGGUUGAUCCUUAUUUCUCAAUCCCUGUUUUUCCAGCCACAGCCAGUGCUCCAAGUUUCUAAUUUAUCAUGUAGAGAUAUAUCAUGCACAUACGAUGGAUGGAGGACUAUAUUUGCUAAUAAAAAAAUUGAUGUUUUAAUUUAUUGC